GAAGGUCGGAAGAUGGCGGAAAAUUUGAAAGGUCAAUUUUGUAGGGUUGCAUGUAUUGCUACUUCACAGCAGCUGGAGACGCUCUGUCGAGAGCAGGGUGUGAUAUGCAAUGAGAUGGGCAUCAACAAACAAAAUCUGUGUGAUUAUGAGGUGGAAUACCUCUGUGACUACAAAAGAAACAUCAUCAACGAGGGGAGGACACAAACAACACAGGAGUUAUUCUUGGUGAAAUGGAGGGGCUACCCCGAAUCCAGCAACACAUGGGAGCCACGGAAGAACCUGAAGUGCGUAGAUCUGCUUAACCAGUUCUGGGAGGACCUGAAUGCAGAAAUGCAGAGACAGAAGAAGCGUGUCAUCCCCAAAAAGCUAGACGCCGGCACUGCGUUCCACCUCGUCCAGCGGGCAAAACUCAGGCAGACCCUUGCACUGUGGGAGGUGCACCUCAACAGCUUGGGUGCCCACAAAGGCCACAUUUACGUCAGGAACCAGAUCGACCUAGAAGGCCCACCUAAGACCUUCACAUACAUAAAUGACUAUAAAGUUGGUGAUGGGAUCAUGCUCAAUGAAGUGGCUGUGGGCUGUGAUUGCACAGACUGCCUGGGCAGCCCCGCGGAUGGCUGCUGUGCUGGAGCUUCGCAGCACAAGUUUGCUUACAAUGAAUUGGGCCAGGUGCGCAUUCGGCCAGGGUUGCCCAUUUAUGAGUGCAACAAACGGUGCCGCUGUGGCCUGGAUUGCCCCAACAGAAUAGUGCAGAGGGGCAUUCGAUAUUCCCUCUGCAUUUUUAGGACAGACAAUGGUAGGGGCUGGGGGGUGCGAACCAUGGAACGCAUUCGCAAGAACACUUUCGUCAUGGAGUAUGUUGGGGAGAUCAUUACAACAGAGGAAGCAGAACGGAGAGGUCAUGUGUAUGAUAAAGAAGGAGCAACCUACCUUUUUGACUUGGAUUAUGUGGACGACGAAUACACGGUGGAUGCUGCUCACUACGGAAACAUCUCCCACUUUGUCAACCACAGCUGUGACCCCAACCUCCAGGUAUAUAAUGUGUUUAUUGAGAACUUGGAUGAGCGACUGCCACGGAUAGCAUUUUUCGCCACACGUGGCAUAAAGGCAGGAGAGGAGCUCACCUUUGACUACAAAAUGAAGAUCGAUCCAGUAGAUGCCGAGAGUGAAAAGAUGGAUUCUAAUUUCAGUUUGACAGGACUUCCAGGUUCUCCUAAGAAACGCAUGCGCAUGGAGUGCAAAUGUGGGGUUGCGACAUGCAGAAAGUACCUUUUUUAGAGGUUGUUGCCACACUGAGUCCAGAUAAACAUCUUUGGUAUGGCAAAUGUUUCGGAAGGUAUUAUCAAAUACCUCAUUGAAUUUAAGAUUUUUGUUUUAUUCUUUUUUAUUAUUAUUUCCCCAAGAUCAACUUCAGCUUUUCAUUCAAUGAGUGAAGUAAUGUAAUAACUGUUAAUUGUCAGUCAGUAAAAAAUAAAAAUCAUAUUUGGGAUAAUGCUCAAAAGUUGUGACACCAUGGGGACCAUAUGGGACAUUUUAAAUGUACAGAUGUUUGUAUUUUUUCUUUUUCCUCAAAAUUGUCAUAAAUGUACAAUUUAUCAGUUUUAAGUAGAUUGAUUGUCCUGCUUUUAUUUGUAAAAAAAUUUCCUUUUAACAAUCUUUUGUAGCAUUAAUUUUUUUUUACUUUUGUAGCCCUGUUUUUAACAAGUAUCUUUAUUAGGUGCCUGUUCAGUGUAAAAUAUCAAUGCUUUAAAAUGCCCUUUACUUAAAGGAAUAGUUCACCCAUGAAAAUGAAAAUUCUCUCAUUAUUCACACACCCUCAUGGCAUCCCAGAUGUGUAUGACAUUCUUUCUUCUGCAGAAUAUAAAUGAAGAUUUUUUGAAAAAUAUUUCCAGUCUGUGCAUACAAUGCAAGUGAAUGAGUGCCAAAAUGUUGAUGCCCCAAAAAGCACAAAGGCAUUAGAAAAGUAAUCCAUACGACUCCAGUGUUUUAAUUAAUAUCUUCAGAAGCGGUAUGAUAUGUGUGGGUGAGAAACGGAUCAGUAUUUAAAUCCUUUUUUUUUUACCAGAAAUUCUUCUCCAUGCCCAGUAGGGCGGCGAUAUGCAUGACGAUUUUGAAUCACCAAAAAUGCAAGAAGACUGUGAAAGUUAAAGUGGAGAUUAACUGAGCAGGGAGGAGAAUUUAUAAUAAACAAAGAAAAGGACUUAAAUACUGUUCUGUUUCUCACCCACACCUAUCAUAUCAUUUCUGAAGACAGUGAUUUAACCACUGGAGUCUUAUGGAUUACCUUUAUGCUGACUUCUAAAAAUCUUUAUUUGAGUUCAGCGGAAGAGAGAAAGUCAUACACAUCUGGGAUGGCAUGAGGGUGAGUAAAUUACAAAUGUUUGGGUGAACAUUCCCUUUAAAGCAUAUAAUGAUUUUGUCUUGAAAUAUUCACCAGGGGGUGAAAUUGUACUAUUAUUGUACAAAGGCGCAACAUUAUCAGACUGAGGAAUGGUGGACCAACACAAGUUGCAGUCUUUUAUACAUGCAUAAUGUUGUCUUUAUGGAUUUUAUUUGUAUAUAGUCUAACAAUCCAUGUGUCAAAAUAUAUUCAUUUUACUAUCAAUUUGGUCUUUCUGAGGCUGUAUUUGAGAGCUGGACUUUAAACAAAAGGAUGUAUGAAUAAGCAGAAGAGCUUGAAUGCUGUUUUUUACAGAUCUAUCUGCUAGCUACUACUAUCCAGGCAGUUUUCAGAGCAGGACAGUGCAACUUUGGGAUGUUGAGUUAGAUUCAUUUGAUAGGACAGUCUCAGGAAUGUGUCAUCCUCAUUAAAGUAACAGAGUAAAACAAAAUAUGUGCAUAUGUAUAUAUUUAAAAUUUACCACUUGCUAUUUUUAUUAGUUUUGUAUUGGGGGCUAGUUGCCUUGAUGUUGUCACAUGACUUCACAUUUAUGUCAGAGCAGACACAUGCAUGUUCAACAUAAACUUGAGAACAUGUUUGGUGUCCUUGAUUAUUAAAUCAUAUCAUGAGUUCCAUUGCGCUGUGAAUAUUGUUUGUAUAAUGUCAAUACCAAAGUUUCAAUCAUUUUGAUUAAUCAUCCUAAUAUGUGAAAGGAUGUACACUAAAAGACAAAUAAAUUAA